AUGGUCAACGACCGGUGGAAGACCGUGGGCGGCGCUUCCCAACUUGAGGACCGGCCGCGCGACAAGCCGCAGCGGCCGAGCUGCACUUACGCGCUGUGCACCGUGCUGCUGUCCCUGGCUGUGCUGCUGGCCGUGGCCGUCACCGGCGCCGUGCUCUUCCUGAACCACGCCCAUGCGCCGGGCACGGCGCCCCCGCCCAUCGUCAGCACCGGGCCAGCCGGUGCCAACAGCGCCCUGGUCACCGUGGACAGGGCCGACGGCUCGCGCCUCAACAUCCUCAUCGACCCGCGCUGCCCUGACCUCGCCGACGGCUUCGCCCGCCUGGAGGGCGCCCAGGCUUCCGUGCUGCAGGCGCUGAGCCAGCGCCAGCCUGAGCCGCGGCUGGCGGGGGAACAGGAGCGGGAGCUGCUGGACACCUUGGCUGACCAGCUCCCCCGGCUGCUGGCCCGGGCCUCGGAGCUGCAGGCGGAGUGCGUGGGGCUGCGGAAGGGGCACAGCACGCUGGGCCAGGGGCUCAGCGCCCUGCAGAGAGAGCAGGGCCGCUUCAUCCAGCUUCUCUCCGAGAGCCAAGGCCACAUGGCUCACCUAGUGAACUCCGUCAGUGACGUCCUGGACGCCUUGCAGAGGGACCGAGGGCUGGGGCGGCCCCACGUUAAGGCUGACCUUCAGAGGGCGCCUGCCAGGGGAUCGCGGCCCCGGGGCUGCGCCAAUGGCUCUCGGCCACGCGACUGUCUGGACAUCCUCCUGAGUGGACAGCAGGAGGAUGGCGUUUACUCUGUCUUCCCCACACACGACCCCGCCGGCUUCCAGGUCUACUGUGACAUGCGCACUGACGGUGGUGGCUGGACGGUGUUUCAGCGCCGGGAGGACGGCUCCGUGAACUUCUUCAGAGGCUGGGAGGCGUACCGGGAUGGCUUCGGCAAGCUCACGGGCGAGCACUGGCUAGGGCUCAAGAGGAUCCACGCCCUGACCACACAGGCAGCCUAUGAGUUACACGUGGACCUGGAGGACUUUGACAAUGGCACAGCCUACGCCCACUAUGGGAGCUUUGGCGUGGGCUUGUUCUCUGUGGACCCCGAGGAAGACGGGUACCCGCUCACUGUGGCCGACUACUCGGGCACUGCAGGGGACUCCCUCCUGAAGCACAGCGGCAUGAGAUUCACCACCAAGGACCGAGACAGUGACCACUCGGAGAACAACUGCGCGGCCUUCUACCGCGGCGCCUGGUGGUACCGCAACUGCCACACAUCCAACCUUAACGGGCAGUACCUGCGCGGCGCACACGCCUCCUACGCCGACGGCGUCGAGUGGUCCUCCUGGACCGGCUGGCAGUACUCACUCAAGUUCUCCGAGAUGAAGAUCCGGCCGGUCCGUGAGGACCGCUAG